AUGCGUUCUUCAGUCAUCCUCGCUGCCCUCGGUGCGACCCUCGCCGUGGCUUCGCCGGUCCACUUCGGUCUCCAUAAGAAGGCCGUCGUCACGAACUUCGAGGUCGCCAUCGAAUAUGUCACCGUGACCGUCACCGCACCACACCCUGGAUACGAAACCCCGGUGCCCCCUCCCGCCCCGCAUCCAUUCUUCAAGCCAGGCCCACCCUUCGGGCCGGACUUCAAGAAAAUUAUGGAUUACAAGCCAGGUUCGGAUUUCAAGCCCGGUCCGAAGUUCAUGCCAGGUCCGGGUUUCAUGCCCAAGGGAUUUCCGGAUUUCAAGUCAAAGCCACUUCCGGAUUACAAGCCAAAGCCAUUUCCGGAUUUUAAGCCAAAGCCACUUCCGGAUUUCAAGCCAGUUCCGACCUACGAGCCAGCUCCAAAGCCAGCUCCGGCGCCUAAGCCAGUUUACGAGGCUAAGCCAAUGCCUAAGCCUGAGCCUGAGCCUAAGCCUGAGCCUAAGCCUGAGCCUAAGCCUGAGCCUAAGCCAGUUUACGAGGCUAAGCCAAUGCCUGAGCCUGAGCCUAAGCCAGUUUACGAGCCUAAGCCAGCUCCAGCUCCAGCUCCCGAACCUGCUCCCUACCCAGCGACUAAGAUGGAGGACGUUAAGCCAACCGACUACAAAUCCGCCGCUCUGUACCACCACAACAAGCACCGCGCUAACCACUCUGCCGACCCCUUGGAAUGGGACGACACUCUCGCUAGCUACGCCCAGACGAUUGCCUACAACUGCGUCUUCGAGCAUGACAUGGAGCAAGGAGGUGGCGGAUACGGCCAAAACCUUGCAGCCUACGGCACAACUGCCGACAUGUCCACGCUGGAUCCCGCCAACGUGGCUGCCGACGCCAUCACCAACCAAUGGUACUACGGCGAGAUUGCCAACAUGCCUUGGGGACAGGAUAGCCCAGCUACCUCGGGCGUUCCCGAGUACUUGCACUUGACUGCGAUCCUCUGGAAGAGCACCACUCAUGUUGGAUGCUACACUGCCACGUGCAACGCUGGUACCAUCUUUUCCUACGCUAGCAUGUACACUGUGUGCAACUACAAGGAGCCCGGUAACAUGAUCGGAUCCUUCACCAAAGAGGUCAGCGAGCCUAUUGGCCUGCCUGGCGUCGAAGCCUCCAUCAAGUAG